AUCGAAAAGACGUAGAGGGGAAGUUAUCGGCAGAGUGUCAACAUCAGAUUUGGACUUUCAAGUUCAACAUAAGCAAUACCGAUCAGUUCACACCAUACACUAAAGCUAUCUGCAAGCCGCUUUUGUUGGCCAAUCCAGAGUGUCUUGAAGCGGAAAAUGAUGCAGAUGUUCUUAGUCCAGGUGCAAGUAUACUCUCAUGCCUGAUUGAUCGAAUCACUGAUGAAACGAACUUUGGCUGCAAGGCGUACCUCAAAGAGAUGCAAUUGAUCAUCUUCAGUGACUACCGUCUGGUGCAUAAGCUUACGAAUCAAUGCGAAACGCAUAUAAAGCAGUUCAAAUGUGGUCGAUUGGAUCACCUAACUACUGACGAGAAGAGUUUACACAGUCAAACUGACACAAUCGAGUGUUUGCAACAGCAUCUGGAGAAGUUGUCAUUGCUGUGCAAACACGAAAUUUUGCGCAUUUCUGAGCUUCAAAGCGACGACUUUCAUCUGGAUAAGCCGCUGUACUUUGCCUGUCGAACUGAUCGGGAGAAGCUCUGCAAGAACGUACAGUCGGGCAAUGGGCAAAUCUACAAGUGUUUGAUGCGAAACAAACACGAGAGUGACAUGAGCGAAGGAUGCCGUGACAAGUUGACACAGCGAGAGCGACUCAUUGUCCAGGACUACAAGGUAUCGAAGAGUUUGGUGCAGUCCUGUCGCAGUGAUAUUAAACGUUAUCAAUGCCGCGAAGGAACAAGUGAUCGUAGAGAAAUACGUCUUGCGCAGAUCUUACUCUGUCUUGAGAAUGCCCACACAAAAAAUCUGCCAAUCUCCACUGAUUGCUACUCGGAAAUGCUCAUUCAUCGUCAAAAUCUCAUUGAGGACUACAAACUGACGCCAACGCUUGUCGACGCCUGUCAACCGGACAUUGAUGAGUUUUGUCCUAAUCUCGAAUUUGGCGGAAAGAUGCUUCAUUGUCUGAUGAAACACGCUAAAACCAAGCGUCACCGAGGCGAUGCACAUAUUCGAAAACGAAUUUCCACCAAAUGUCAGGCUGAAAUUGAGAAUCUUCUAAAGGAAGUGAAUGUCGGCGAUGAUUGGCGAGUAGACGUUGUCCUUCAAGAAGCUUGCCAGACAACGGUGCAGACGCUCUGUCAGGGCAUCAAACCGGGCAAUGGCCGAGUCCUUGGCUGUCUGGCCCAGAACAGUGACUCCAGUCUGAUGGCGGACGAGUGCCGUCAGGCACUGCUGCAAAUGCAGUACUUUGUGGUGCGCAACUUUGAGCUGGACUCGCAGAUCUACGAGGCUUGUCAUGCUGACGCCGUUAACUUCUGCCACGCGAGACGCAACUGGUACGACGAACAGGACAACAUGGACCCGGAGCGAGGACCGACGGUGAUGGCCUGUCUGUACCGGUACGUCUAUCUCCACGAAGGGUCGUCUUCUCAGCUGAGCAAAGACUGCGUCCACCACGUGAAGCGCAUCAUGAAGCAGCGAGCUGUCAAUGUCGAUUUGAUUCCCUUCAUCGAGGAGCCAUGCAUGACUGACCUCGCCAAGUGGUGCAGCUCAGAGGAGUCGGUCGACAAGAAGGGCUAUGACAUGGACUGCCUGCAGGAGAACUAUGAGCACCUGACUCCAGUUUGCCAAAGUGCAAUUGGCAACUUCACCGUCGCCCAGGGGUCACACUUUGAGCUGAACGUUCCUCUCUUCAAGUCCUGCUCCAGCAUGGCGAAGGAGCUCUGUCCGCAGGAGUUUGACAACCUCUACGACGAUGACCACGGAGAUCUGAUCGACUGUCUGGUGCACAAAAAGAACAGCUACCAGAUGAAGGGCAAUCGCAAGUGUCGCGCUGCCAUUGAGCACUACCAACUGAUUAACAUGAAGGACUUUCGUUUUGAUUCAAAGUUCAAGGAGGCCUGCAAGGACGACGUUUCCAGCUACUGCUCUCAGGUGCACACCAAAGGGGAUGUCAUCAGCUGCCUCAGUACGCUGGUCUACAAUGACACAGUCAGCGACAGCAAACGGCGCGUUUCAAAGGACUGCAAAAGUAUGCUUCGCGUAGAGCUGCUUCAGAUCAAUGAGAACGUCAAUCUGGAUGGUCACUUAUCUGAGGCUUGUCGUUUUGAGCGGAACCAGUACUGUGGCAACGUGGAAACUGGAGAGGCACAGGUGAUUGAGUGUCUGAAGAGCAACAUGGGCAAACUGAAGAAGGCCUGCCAGCGACAGCUCUUCCGCAAGCAGUACAUUGAACUGGCGGACAAUGCCGUCGACUACUCACUGCUCAGCAUUUGCAAGGGCGCCAUCGACAAGUUCUGCUACACCUCAGACCUCAGUGAGGUGCUCUACUGUCUGCGAGACCACCGCCGUGAGCCCGGAAUUGGCAACGCCUGUCAUGCGGUGAUCAUGAAGCGCCUUUUUCAGCAGAAUCAAGACUACCGACUUAAUCCACGACUGCGAAACAACUGUAAGAAGGAAAUUAAAAAGCACUGCGCUGAUGUGAUCAUCAAACGACAGCGAGACGAACUGUUGGACGGCAAGGUGAUCAGCUGCCUGAAGCGACAGUACCUGCUGAAUUUGCUCUCUCAGCCGUGUGAAGUGGAAGUGGUGAACAUCAUUCGAGAGGUCUCUCUCAACCUCGACCUUGACCCAGUACUCUUUCGAAGCUGUCAGAAGGACAUUGGCAAGCAGUGCGCCGACAAGAUGGACGUGCAGGAGUGUCUGAAGGUGAAGUUUAUGCAGAAGCGCAUCGAGGACAUUGGCUGCAAGCACGAGGUGGCUCGAAUCAUUCGCGAAAGUGAGUCUGACAUUGAGUCCGACCCACACCUCUACAAUGUCUGCCUGAGUGACCUGAAGGCGUACUGCAGCGACGUGGUCACCGGUGCCGGUCAUAAGCUGAACUGCCUCUCCGCCAUUCAGCGUUCCUCACCGCGCAAGCUUAGUCCCGAGUGUGACACCUUGCUUAGCAAACGUCGUCAGCUGUUCGAGUACGCCUCUGAGGUGUACCCGAGUGACAGUGUGGCGAAGGUGAUGCAAGUGGUGGCCAACUCACCGGUCCACAAUUCAGUCUACUCAGUGGUCGGCUCCUUCAUGCUCUUCAUCUUCUUCUGUGGCAUCUUCUUUGGUCGAUUCACCCGAAGAGUGGCUACCAGUGAUAAAAUCAAGUGA